UAGAUUUAUACUUCUUGAGGUGGAGGGUGGAUAUUAUGCGAGUGAUAUGAAUCUGACGAAGAAAAUGAUGAUGAUUUUCUUCAGUCCGAUUGACAGCAAUUGGUUGGUAGAAAAUUCAUAUAUCUAUUCUUCAAGCAAAUUGUUAUGAGCCAAGGCCUUUUUUAAUCUAAAAAUAUACCCAGAGAGGAAACAUUGACACACAACAGAAAUUAUUUAGAUAUACUCUUUUCUUCAAACAAUCCCACAGUUGGAGCAAACCAGGAAUUUACUAGUACAGUGGUACAUGGAAGCACAAAAAGUUGCGUGAAAGGAGAUAAAAAUGGAUAGCAGGUGACAAACAUGGGUGUACGUGGUCAGGACCACAAUAUUAAACAAGUAUGACAUGUGAAAGUUUUGAGAUUGGAUUGCAGCAACCAGAGGCAAAAGCUUGAAACACAGUGUGUCUAUGAUAGCGAGGUUGACCUACCAUGAUAGUUUAGAAUAAGAUAAGGAGCCUGGGAACGCCUGCGAACAUAAUGGGAGCUUCACAACGGCAACAAUUUCAAAAGCCUAUUCCGAUAUAGAGAUUAGAAAAGGAAGAAAUCAAAAUGAAGUUGCUCAUUUUAAGGGACGAUGCCACGCGUGGUUGAUAAAGGUUCAAAAUAUUAAAAGUUUUUCGGACUAUAGACAAGAUUUCUUAAAAAAAAACGAAAUGAAAAAAGGAAACAACAAACUAAUUUUUCGCCUAUUAUUUUUAUCUUAAUUGUACGGAAGAAACUACUUAUAAGAUUUUAGCAUAAUUGACUUUAUUUUUGGAUCUUUUUCUUUAUGCGAAAUUUAUACCAAAAACAAAAUGCUAAAAACUCCAUUUGAAAAUUGAAGAUCCUUACAAUACCAACAAAUGAUCCAACCUUAUAUGUCAAAAUUGAAUUCAAUCUUUUUUCAAUAAAUAAAAGCAUUUUAAUAACUUCAGGAAGACGGCAACAAGAGAGUUAGCUUUUAGAGAAAAUUUAAAUAAGCGAAAAUUGUUCAUCAGACAUCAAUGUUGGGAGGGUAAAUAUUUGUAAUAUAACGGCGAAGACUGUAAAUGUCAUUCGAAACAGAACUGCAAUGUUGAGCUUUUCAUCUCGCUAUUUGCAUUGACCUGAAACAAUGUUGGGACGGCGAAACACUGGUUUUAGCGUCGUUUGACGCUAUAGGGUUCAUCAAAAUUAGAAAAUGGCAGCAGAUAAUUACUCCAGGGACAUUUAAUCGUUUGCUGCAAAUGAAUCACUUUUCGAUGUUAAAAACUUUUUUGGAUGAAAAGAACCGAUUGAAACGAUUAUCGCGAUAAAGACAAAAGAAAGCUGUAAGGAUUUGGAAGUUAAAUAUAAAGAAGGAAUUAUAUAGGGUUGCCUAGAAACGGGUAUUAAGAGGACAGAAGUAACUCGUUCCGAGCGUGAAUUGAGAGGAUGUGAAGAUGGACUAGCGGCUGUAUCGAAACGAUUAUUUGGUUGGAUGAUCUGGAGUCGCAAUAGAGCAACGCAGUAGAGAGCUAACACACAACAAGGCAAGGGUGUAGAUGACAGUUCUAGCGAGUUUUUUCGGUCUCAAUUCAUAGAUGGGGUAGCAAUAGCAUGAAGAAAAGGAACGCAAAGCAACUCAUUGCGUUGCUUGCUGGCUUUUGCUUCUAUCUCAUGGUUGGUGGGUUCAUCUUUCAAGCAACUGAAAAUGGUAGGAACACAGGGGAAAGCAAAAUGACCGAAAUAUUUCACCAGUUACGCGCAAAAGAUAAUUUGACUCGGAAGGAAUUCGAUCGGAUUGUUACAGAAAUCCAACUUGUAUACAAAUUGACACACUACGAGUCCAAAUGGACAUUUUACUCAUCAAUGUAUUUUUGCGGAUCUGUUGUCACGACUAUUGGGUAUGGUCACAUGACUCCGAAGACGGAUGCGGGCAGGAUUAUCCUGUUAUUUUAUGCGUUGGUUGGAAUACCAUUGAAUUUAUGGACACUAAAGGUAAUGGGUGACGUAAUCACUUCAUUACUCACCAACCUGGUGUCAAAAUUUGAAAAGACGGUGCUGCGCAGGCAGGAAUUGAAACAUAUCAAAUUAAAAGUGGUCGCAGGCAUGGCCGCUCUCAACAUCACGGUGCUCCUUCUGGGCGGUCUUAUGUACAAGGUAUCCGAGAACUGGUCUUAUAUAGAGGGUAUUUAUUACUGUUUCAUUGUUUACUCCACAAUCGGAUUCGGAGACCUCGUUCCUAACGAGGGACAUGAGUUCAGCUCUCAAAAGGAGGUUUUCAUGAUGUUUGUAAGAGGGUUUAACCUAAUCAUUGGCCUUUCCUUACUUUCUUCGUUAUUGUCAAGUAUAAUACAAGCUGCAGACGAGCUCAAGGUUGUUCUUCCGCAAAUGAAAGUCCAUCCAAUGCAGAAGAUACAAGAAAAAAUGGUUGCAAAGAGAAGGAAAACUACACGACUCGUACGGGUGGCCGAGAAAAGCCCCGAAGAGGAGGUUCAUGCGAAACCCGGAGAUAAAGAUGAGAAAUAACAAGUGUUGAAAAUGAGAUCUGAAAAUUAUAGACAAAUUGCAAAAUAAUUGAUUUGAAGAAAAUUUAAUUAAUCAUAAAGGGUAGAGAGGUAGCUGCCGAUGGCAGAGAUGGGAAACAUUACAAGGAGAAGAAAAAGAAACAUUCCAAGUGAGGCAUACCCAGUGACAAUCCGCGCUAACCUAUGGCAUGUCAGAAACCAAGGAAAAAUAGACGGUCGAGAAGCAAUGUUAACAUUUACAAGAGUGUCCUAUCUGCAGAAAAAAAUGAAGCAUUUUAAACAAAGAUGAAUUUAGGAAAUUCACAAUUCAUCUUUGCCAUUUCUGAUAAUAUUCAAGGCGACCCUGGGUAGCAGAGCCACAUAGAUUUGAGCGCGGAAAUAAAAGAUAGGAGUGGAGCGCUUCCGCUCCCGCUUGGUAUUCUUCUGACGCGCUAGGAGUUUUGUGGUUCGAAAGAUCAUUUUGCCAACCAACUUGAGACUGUUUGUAAAUAAGAAUUUUCUCAAUAAUUGUGGAUCCCUUAUUUACUACCUUUGCGUCAGGUGUGAAAUUAUUAUGCCUCGCAAGUAAUAUCUUUGAAAAUAUUAAAGCCACGUUGAGUGACGUCACUGAACUACGGUGACGAGCACCUUUUGAAGCUUUUAUCUUUUAUACAUUUUGUAGUUUAAUGUUAUAUUAGCGACAUAGCUUGAUGAAAAUAAUAACAGUAAGCUGUAAAUGUAGAAAUUAAGUAACUGUACAUGUUUUAAUUAACAAAGACAUCAUCUUUAUCGGUAAUAUACUAUGUUCUUUUGCUCGUUCACAGCUCAUGCCAAGUUCAGUAUGGUAUCCAACAAUAAUAUUAGAAGCUACCCAAUCAAAUAAGAAGGGAAAAAUAAUCACGGUUUAAUCGGGUUUUUACAUUCACAGCACGAGUCAGAUAAUUUUAAGUUCCCGAAUAUUUGCAAAAAGAGUCCAUGCAAGGAAGCGCAGAUCCUUAGCUACCGAACUAUGUCUCCGAUUUUUCAAAUUCCUUCUUCCUUUGAAACUAUACCAUGCCAAUAAUUGGCAAACAAUUUUUCUUCCCUCUCAUUGCUGUAUUGGGCUAUAAAAGAUGGACCAGAGCAAAUACAAAAAUUUUGAGGCACUCUUUGGUUACCCGACAUCUGUCCUGGCCGUGUGCAAAGUUUUGAGCCAUUCGAUUGGUUCCUUGGUUACAAAAUAGCUUUUUCGUACCUGUAUGUAGAGGAAUUGCAAGUCCGGGGGAAACGGGAUUUUACUGAUCGCACUUGCAAGAUACACUCGUAAACCACAGUGUAAUCCGGGUCAAGUCACUUGAAGAUUUAAGAUCAAUAAGCCUGUUUAAAUAAACACGGCCGUACAUUGGAUACAUAGAUGUGCCAUGCGAUAUUGUAAAUGAGACAUGCGACCACAACCGCAAAGCAAUGAUAAUUGGCUUAACAGGUUAAAAGAUUUCCAGGCCUCAACUAAAAGUUCUGAUAAAGAAAUUAUGUAAACCUUCGUUUACAUGGGAUCUUUUC